AUGACAAAAGCAGAAAGAUUAGCUAUGCACGCCGAGGCGCAGCGGAAGCUAUGGGAAGCAGCGGAAUCGGAAAAGGAAAUCAACUUCCUCGCAGCGACCAGCUCGGUGCCCCUGACCACGCCUUUCAAGCCAGCCAUGAAAGUCCUCAGCCGCAGACCGGUAAUUGCGAAAAGAGACCCGGUGACUGGACUAGAGCGAUUAACGCUACAGGACGACGAGGAUGAUGACGAGGACAAGAACAAGAAGCAAGAGACUCCAGAAGAGAUCCGAAUGCGCCAGCAACGAGAACUGGAGGAGAAACAACGGCGAUAUGAGGAGGCACGGGCGAAGAUCUUUGGAGAAGCAAGUUCCUCUGGCCUGUCAACGCCCGGCAGCAUUACGCCGCCGAAGGAAACCGACAAAGCCGACAGGCCCCGCAGCGACGGACAGAAUCACAGGCGAGGAAGAGGACGCGGAGUCAGGCCCCAGGGGGCUGUUCGACCCAAACUAUUCGGGAAAGCCAGGCUCCAACGGCCAAAGGCGGUCCGGAGAAGCCUCUCCGAACCUUAG